CGCCAAUUUACAGGAAGUGUUAACGUUUUCGUUCUACCAGCUGAUAGCCAAAUUGUCAACAGUCAAGCUUGAGACACCUGCGUUGCUGAAACGACGGUUUAUAAGAGAAGACAUCCUCAGCCAGAUUUGACGACGCUCGGGGGAGAAAAGGCAGCGCAAGUGACUGAAACAUCCCAGAAGCACCCCAUCUCCACCCCAGGGAGGAGGCCCAGCCCCCCACCCGCCCCCCUCCCCCUGCCACCGACUCCUCCACGGGUUCAGUAUGAGCUCCAGAGGGAGUGGAGGCCGCUCCAAUGGCACACUACCGCAGACCAAGAUCUGCCAGUUCAAGUUGGUGCUGCUGGGCGACAUGGCCGUGGGCAAGUCCAGCCUGGUGCUGCGCUUCGUCAAAGGCCAGUUCGACGAGUUCCAGGAGACGACCAUUGGAGCCGCGUUCCUGGCUCAGUCGGUGUGUCUCGAUGACACCACAGUAAAGUUUGAGAUCUGGGACACCGCAGGACAGGAGCGAUACCACAGCCUGGCUCCCAUGUACUACCGCGGCGCUCAGGCCGCCAUUGUCGUCUUUGACAUCACCAAGCCGGACACCUUUGAGAGAGCCAAGGCCUGGGUGAAGGAGCUGCAGAGGCAGGCCAGUCCGAACAUCGUUAUUGCUCUGGCCGGGAACAAGGCCGACCUGGCGGAGAGGAGACUUGUGGAGUACGAGGACGCCCAGACGUAUGCUGAAGACACCGGCUUGCUCUUCAUGGAGACCUCUGCUAAGACGGCCAUGAACGUCAACGAGCUCUUCCUGGCCAUCGCCAAAAAGAUGCCAAAAACAGACACCCAGAACCCGACACAUGCAGCGCGACACCGGGGGGUCAACCUCCAGGACCCCGACGCCCACUCCACCCGAGCCUGCUGUGGUGGGAACUAGACCUCCACCAGUAUUCCACCAUCUGCACCACCAACUCCAGCCCUUUAACCAUCCCGUCUCCUUCGGCCAAUUUAGAGGGGUGGGGCCCCGAUGCUGUCAAACACAGUGUCCACUCACAACCCCUUACCCUCCAUUCAUCCUCCUGUCAGAGCAGACAGAAGUUCAAAGGAGAGAAUAAAAGGAAAGGAAGAGCAAACGGGGUCGGAGGAAGACACAAAAUUGUUCCGCGUCCGAGGAGUGCGUUUGGGGAAAAGUACAAAGAGGAAGAAAUAGAAUGCGGAAGACAGUGGCGAGCCCGUUGUAGUAUUCAGCACGCAGUCGUGAAGUUUCUUUCGUGUUCAUCCUGCCUUGCGUCAUUUCAGUCACAAUCUGAUUGUGUGGCAAACGGCCUAGAAAGGAGAGGAAAGAAAAGGAGGGGCCCAGACAACAAACAAGAAAAGUCACAUUUUGAGGUUGUGACUGCUUUCUUCUUCUACUUUCGUUAGAGCUCGAAUCCUCCAACGCCCGAAUCAAUCAAACCCCGCUGUGAAUAAUGCCUCAUCAUGCACCCCUGGAAUGACCCCAUUUGUAAUCGCCUCCCCCGACGUUCCGUGAGAUCCACGGCACGGUUUGCCGAGCAUAACUCCAUUUGUACGUAUUUAUUGUCCCGUUGGGUUGACUCCUCCCACUCGCGUCUCUCGUUGAUCCGACUUGCUUGUUUAACGAAAGGUUGCUGGAGUGCCGUGUUCCCAAAAAUAUUAAGGGUUUUAAUGUUUCAGUGCUCAUACGGGGGAAAUGUGAAGCACCAAUACGGACUUGAUCUGAAGUGUGUGUGUGUGUGUGAAUUUAAUAUUAUGUAUGAGCAGAAAACUGUUCACUAAUUCCAUCUGUAGCAGAGAACUUAUCCCUCAAACACAAAGUAGUAAUGAAUUAAAAACAAGACGUACUAAAUCUCCAUUCAAUAAAAAGAUGAAUCUCACUUUUUGGUUUUUACAUUGAGUGAUGGAGCUAAACGUAGAAGCAGGAAAUGGGGAUGUCCAGAUUAAAGGACAUAUUGGGAUAGGAAUGAGAUUCCUAAUAAACCUGGAGGAGAACAUGUGACCAUGUUUCCCUCAUCUGUCCUUUAGUCCUGACCCUAAGUUGUUGGUGAAAUGGUUUUACUUAUUCAUUUAACUUGCUGUUCAAACAGAGCGCUGUGCUCUGGUUGCUGACGAUAAUGGAGUUAAUUGAUAAUCUCACACACGACAAAUCAAAGUGCCUAUUCCCGGGUUUCUUAUUUUCUGUGAAUCAUGUCUGGUGUGCUUCGUAGUGCAAAAUACAGGAAUCUAAUUUCUCUGACGUUGGCUUGUCCUCUAAACCAAUAGCGUGGCACCCUGUGGGCGAUACCGUAUCCGCUCUUUGUAUGGAUGUAAAGAGAGCUUGUUGAAUACACUAUGUUGUCUAAAUUCUAAUGAAAGUGUUGAUUUUCGCAGAAUACACCUGUGAACCUGGAAUAGAUCAUUUAAAUAGGCCUAAAUAAAUCUGUUGGAUUUAAACAAAUGUUGGCGUCAUGGAGAAUCUUUGUGUUUUCCGAUUCACAACCAGGCGUAUUGAUCCUGAACAUGAUUAAAGGUCUCAUUUAAGUUCCAAUGCUAUUCCCGAAUAAUGUCCAAAUACAGUGUUCAAUAAAGCUGUGAAUGGCG